CAUGGCAACUGAAGUCGCUGGGUACUGGUACAUAUAUAUGUUCAUAUAUAGAUGCCUGGGCUCCAACCUGCAUGCCAUUCCGCCUACCUCAAGUCUGCACUGCGAUACUGCGACAGUCAACAAAAAAGACUUCGCGAAUUCUUAGCAUCCGUUGUCCUGGUGUAUGACUUGAUCAGACAUGGCUGAACGACCCGGAAAGAGAAAAAGGCCGCCCUUGAAUUAUGACAAAUGUCGAUUCUGUCGGAAGGCAAAGAAAGCUUGCACACCUGUUCAACGAACAUGGCCGCAGAAGUGUCAGAGAUGUACCGAGUUAGAACUUGAGUGUUCAGAAAGUUCGCGGGCUGCGGGAGCUCCUACCUCAAUCCCUACCCAGCCAAAUAACCAAGCCAUAGAUAGCCAACUGAUUCGCGACAUCUCACUGAGGGCUAUGUGGUUAGGGCGGCUCAAUUGCUAUCACAAAGCUAUAGAGGUUGUUUUGAACACUCAAGAAGAGCUUUUUCCAGGUUGUGGUUAUGGCGCUCCCAUCCAUAAAAGAUGCAACUUCGUUGAACUGGAAAAUAAAUCGUACUUCAACGAUGUCUUCCCAAAGAUAUUCAUCUCCAAUAACUCGCUAGCCGGUUAUUUAGCCCAGGCUGCUAUAGGUGUCACUUAUCCUCAAUAUUUUUCUCCUACUCAGAUCUGCCCUACCACGGUCGACCGGUUUAGGGAGAACGGGGACAUUGGCACGGCGCUGGUAAUACAAGAGAUUCUUUUACUGGCCCUUCCUACAUGGAAAUGGAGCCUAGGAGGUAUCGACGAGCUGUCUAAAUAUUGGGAUAUAUUCCAACAGACAACAGACCGCGUUCGAAUAACCCUUGAACGUGAGAUCCCUGCAGUCCCUCCAAUCCACUAUUCUCUUCUCGUUGGAGAGGCGAGAAUGGCGGGACAGCACUGGGAUACGAGCAACUUCUUUCCAUUUGCGUCUCGCUUUAUCUCAAUGAAAGACUACUUGGAGCGUUCUUUACUACACGUCGCUCUAGAUCUUGGUAUAAUGGGAACCGAGUCAUUCUAUAAUCAGCUCAAAGAAUUCGCAACGGCUAGAGAUAUUUUGGGUAGAAGACCUAUCCACAUUGCAUGCUCAAGAUUUCGGGAAUAUCCAGCGGGGUAUAUUCUUGACAUCACCACAGAUUAUGAUGUGAAAGACCGCCUGGGACGCACCGCGCUUCACUACGCGAGUAGCUGUGGUAACGAGUAUGCUGUCCAUAGGUUAAUCAAGCAAGGCGCAAACAUUGAUCCAAAGGAUGAUAGCUUCAAAACACCGUUAUCAUGGGCUGUCGAACAUGGACAUACAUCUGUGGCCAGAUUGCUACUCAAAAGCGGCGCCGACGCCAACACCCGAGAUAAAACCAGCCUCGCAUUAUUAUUAUUAGCAGCAAGAAGGGGGCACACGGAAAUCGUCCAAGCGCUCCUCGAAUAUAACGCUGACGUUCAUCGUAGACCGACAUUAAGCAGGAUAACAGCUUUACAUUUAGCUGCUAGCCGCGGGCAUAGCGCUAUUAUUGAAUUGUUGCUAAAUAACGGCGCUAGGGUAGAUAGUAGGGAUGAUAAUGGUAAAACGGCUUUACAUCUGGCUGUCGAAAAUAGACAUAUCAACACUACUGAAGUUCUGCUCAGAAACGGUGCUGGUGUCGAUGAAACAGACAGCAACGGCGAAACAGCAUUGAUUAAAGCCACCUCCAGGGGUAAUACCCCUAUUGUCCAAGAACUGCUCAAGAAUAAGGCUGCAGUUAAUAUUGUGGAUAUUUUUGGCGGAAGAGCGUUAAUAUAUGCCCAGACGUAUGGGCACACUCAUAUUUUUCAAUUACUGAGAAAAUACCUCGCCGAUCCCGACACGGAAUUCCCCAGUUGGGUGAUGGAGUAAUAACUCUAGCUCGCAGGAGACCAAUACUCCGACAUGGGAUUACGAGAAAGACACAAGUUCUGCGAGGACGUAGUGGAAACAUGUCACCAGUUUGUUUUUGCUUUCAACAUCCCUGUUCUCGGAUUGGUGCCAGAUUGGUUGGACAUCCUGAAGUUUAUCCUAGGCAACCUGUCCAUCUUACAGUAACAAUUCUGUACCAAUAGCUUUCAACCAAAUCACAAUAUCGAUUG